AUGGGUGCAAAUAAUGAGGAGUUAUUCGACCCGAGCCCCCCUCCGUAUCAGCCUCAACCACCGACUCGGCGCUUUCUGCUUCGGAGACGAAGAGGCCGUCUGAUCACUCUCGUAGGACUUGUCGCUUUUGUCCUAUUCUUAUCUCAUUACGGCAAUGCUGUCGACAGGCCAUCGUUCAACCAAUCAGAGCAAUUUGCCAGAGGCUUGAGCAAAUGCGGCGAGAAUACUCAGAAUAGGUUGCGACGCUUGAGUCGAGAGUCGCCCUCUGCGAAUCGGUCAAAUCCACGCUGGAACUCGAAAGUGGGACAGCAACACGCCAUCGGAUUCCGUAACGCAACCCUCUUCGAUGGGGAGAAAGUUCUUGCGGCGACCGUUGAUAUUCUUUUUGGGCAGGGAGUGAUCAAGUCGGUGUCGAGAACCCAGGAUGAAAUAGCGUUCCCUAGCGAUACAGUUGUGUACGAUAUCAAGGGAAGAUUUGUCACACCGGGACUUGUCGAUAUUCAUUCUCAUCAUCUGGAACUCCCCUUCUCCUCGGUCUCAGCGAUCGCCGACGUGAACGAGAAGCCCGGCCUUGGUCCCAUCACUCCUUUUGUCCGGGCAAUCGACGGCUUCAAGCCAUAUGAUCCUGCGAUCAAGAUCAUCGCGUCGGGUGGCGUCACGUCCUCUUUGAAUUUGCCAGGCUCCGGCAACAUCAUCGGUGGUCAAGGGUACUUGGUGAAGAAUUUGCCGCUCCCUGGAGAAAAUGGGGAACCAGUCGUCGAAGAACUGCUGCUCGAGCAUGGAAUCCUUGAGAAGGAUCGUCAGCGGUAUCUCAAGAUGGCCUGCGGCGAAAACCCGAAACAUCUGUAUGGGCAUACCCGACUCGGCAAUGUUUGGCUCUUGAGACAACAUUUGGAGAAGGCCCAGAAGCUCAAGGACAAGCAGGAAGCUUGGUGUCAAAGCGCCGAAAGCCUUCAAUCGGGCAGUCUGCUCAAGGGAAGGCGGGUGUCCCGGUUCGUGGACGAGGAAGGUCAGCGGCCGGAAGACUUGGAGCUGGAGGCGACGGUAGCGUUGCUCAGGGGCGAGUUCAACGUCAACAUUCACUGUUAUGAACCUGAAGACUUUGAGCGCAUGUUGGAUGUGCUACACGAGUUUGGGGUUCACCCACAGGCUUUCCAUCAUGCCCUCGAAGCUUGGCAAGUCCCCGAAUUUCUCAAGCAGCAGGAAGAGAACAUUACGAUUGCCACUUUCGCCGAAAACUCGUUGUUUAAGCACGAAGCUUACGGAGCCAAUCUCCGGGGCCCCAAGAUCCUCGAUGAUCAUGGAAUUCGCGUUGUUUUGAAGUCGGAUCAUACCGGUGAAAGCAAUCACGCCAAAUAUCUCAUGUACCAAGCCGCGAUCUCUCACUCAUUUGGCUUAUCAAAAGACAAGGCGCUACAGUCCGUCACGUCGGUCCCUGCACAAUCUAUCUAUCAAGGUCACCGCAUUGGUUUCGUCCGACCUGGAUAUGAUGCUGACUUGGUGAUCUGGGAUUCUCAUCCCCUUUCGGUUGGCGCUACUACCGUUCAGGUAUUUGUCGACGGCAGGGGGGUUCUCGAUACCAACGGCUCGCUUCAGUCCUUGGAAGCACAAGAUUUGCCUUCUGAUAUUUCCUCGCCAAAGCCUCGUCCGUAUGUCUUGCAGGAGAAGAAGCGAGUUGUUUGUGACAAUGCUUCGGUACCCGGAGCAAACAUCUUCUUCACCGGUAUCAAGAGCUCUUUAUUGGAGAAAGUGGCCUUCAGGAUUGGCUCAGCCGUCAAUGGGGGAGAUGAAAUCGCCCUGACGGUUUCCAACGGUCAGAUAACAUGUCUAGAUGCCAAGUCAAAGUGCUUAUCGGCCCUUGGUCAUGACAAUUUCCACGUGAUUGAACUUGCCAACGGGUACAUAACACCCGGUCUGGUCGCGUUCGGCAACACCAUCGGCAUCCUCGACAUUGCCUCUGAACCAGCGACAGGUGACGGAUCUCCGGGGCAGAAGGCCAACGCGUUGGAUGAGCAAAAGCACUUGCAUUUUGCAAAGUAUGGUGUCCAUUUCGGUGGGAGAGGCUUCGGCAGGGCGAGGAUCGGCGGUGUCACGAAGGCAAUCACGGCCCCGAUCUUUGGAGGUGGCGUUCUGCAGGGAGUAAGUGUCGGCUUGCGAACAAGUGAGAAUGCCAAUGUUCUGGGAGGGGGGAUCUGGAAGGAUGAAGUAGCACUUCACUUUGCUAUUGGCCAAGAAGCCAAAGGUGAUGAUACGCCGACCGUGUCCUCCGGCGUCGAAAGAUUGCGUCAAAUCCUUCUUGAAGGUCAAAAUGCAGACCAGAAGCUAGGUAGCGUGUACUUGCGCGCCACCAAAGGGUAUCUCUCUGUAGUCGUCUAUACAGUGAACGAGGAUGAUAUCUCACAGGUUGUUCUUCUGAAGCGAGAAUUUCCCGCGGUGAAGUUCGUCAUCUUCGGCGGCCACGGAGCACCAUUGGUCGCAAAGGAGCUCAGCGACGCUCAGAUCCCCGUCAUUCUUACCGGCAAUCGCGGUGCGCCCGACAAAUGGGAAAAGAAGUCCAGCUUCGCUGGUCCUCCCAUCUCACCGAGCCCUGCCCAAGUACUCAUUGAUGCUGGUGUCCUUAUCGCGCUUGCCGUCAGAGGCGACUCCAAGGUCCAUGGCCUGGCUCAAGAGGCGCAGUGGGCGGCAAAGUUUGCUGGAUUGACAGAAAAAGAGGCUAUCAAGCUGGUGUCGACCAACUUUGACGAAAUACUUGGGCUCAACAGCGCGACUCGUGUCUCGGGUGAAUCUGGCGACGUUCUGGCUGAGAAGACUUAUUCCGGCGACUUUGUUGUCUGGGACGGAAACCCUCUGAAUGGUGAGGGAAGUGUUGUAUUGGCUGUUCAAAGUGACGGGAAGAUUGGGGACUGCUGGCCGGAUGUCGAAGGGGCUGUUCUCUGA